AUGCGGACUUCCCAAGCCCAUAUCGCUGGCGUUGGCCUUUCAGUGUCGCGGGAGAGCAAUGACAGCCUCGAUAAACUGGCCAUAUCAGCUGCAACCAAAGCACUCUUGGACGCGGGCGUUAUAUAUGGCGAAGUGGACGAAUGCUUCGCUUGCUUCGAUCAUGACUUGCGUAUAGCACCAUCAUCCUUCGACACUCUUGGCAUGCAAGGAGCGCCAAUAUGUGAAGUGAACAAUUCUUUCGGCCUGAACGCGGCAGCUCAAAGUGUAUGGUCACGGCGUGCCAAUUGCUCGCUGGUAGUGGGGAUUGACGGAGCUGCUAGCAACAAGACCAAUCGACAGAGCGCUAUAGUUGCUGUUGUGAUUGUGUCGGAUCUUUUCCUCACCUCUCAUGCCUAUCUCAAAGAUGGUGCGGUACGCAUCCUUGGAGCUGCUCUCGUCAGUCGCUUCCACUCAAGGACGAAGGGCGGCGAAGAUAGUCCACGCAAGAUCAAGACCGCAGUCAACUCUGCCCUGUCGCAGGCUAAGAUCGAUUUCAAGGAUGUCCAGGUGCUGGACUUGGUUGGCUCCGGAUUAGACAAGGCUGCACUCAAGACGGUCGGCGAUGUGAGUCGCAAGUCUUCGCCAAACAACCCAGUAUCAUCAGAUGCAACGACUGGAUUUACCAACCUUUGCGGUGUUGUCUGGCAACUUAGAGGAUGGGCGGGCGAUGCAGGUGUUGAAGUUCGCAACGCUUUGCAGCUAACGCUGGACGCUGCCGGUGUUCUUGGAGUACUUGUGCUCAGUCGCUCUGACGGGAGACCAGCGCUGAAGUGGAGCGAGGUGGAGAAUGUGAGGGAUGGUCGAGAGCGUCUGGGUUACAACCCAGCAGUGGAAUCACGGAACAUCUCGCGCGAGGACAUCGAGAAUGUGAGGGCGAGAGAACACUUCGUUCCUGCCAAUAUAGAUAUAAAGCAGCUUGGUUUCGCCGAUAAAGGUGGCGAUCGAGCUGCGCUCGCGAGGCUGUAG